AUGAACGGAGGCUUGAAAGAGGUUUUGAAACUUGAAGAGGGUGCCUUAGCGUUAGUGAAUGCUGCCACCAUCAAUAGCCAGGCUUGCGAUUUGCAAUUUAUGGAGCGGCUGGGACAGUCUAUCGCAGCUAGGCUUUUGAAGGUCUGUGGUAUCGGCCUUGUGGCCUGGCUACUCUUUGGUGUGUUUACCCACCCUGGAUUCAAUAUCGCGCGCGAAGUUCCCGCCUACUACGAGUUUUGGACAGACUUCAACGAGCCUGGUUAUUCUGGUCCCAGCGACGGGGCAGUCCUCAGCGAGUCACUUUUCACCCUUCCUGUCGACUCUGACGUCCUGUAUCUCAUCUCUCGGGGUGCCUUCCAGUACGGCACUGUUACUGUGGAGCAGUCCAUAGAGGCCUCAGAUUCUGUCAUCGUACGCGUCCGCGCUGCAUAUCAUAUGGAAGAGGCCUUUGAACGUGCAUAUGUUUGUCACCUCAAGCGCCAGGCAAAUGAGACUGGAAUCGCCAUCUAUACCCCAAAGAGCCGUCUUCCUAGACAAGAUAACAAAGAUCAGCUCAUGCUUGAUGUCACAUUGACUCUACCCGCAAGCGCGGGCGAGGAUGUCCUCGACAUUAAGAGUUUAGCGACCUCCGCACCGCUCUUCCGCCACGAGGUUGCAGCGUUGUCAGACACUGUGUUCUUUAUUAGUAUUUCGUUGAACACUUUGCAUUUGCCCAUCAAUGUCCAGUCUGUAGCAGCGGAGACAGAGAUUUUUACAACCGCUAACGGGCACAUCGAAGGACACUUCCAUUCAACGUCGUCUCUUAAACUCGUCACAACUAACAUGGCCAUUGACGCAGAUGUCAACCUGUUCCAUGACGAAGUUGCAAAACCAUUGGAGUUGGUCACGACAACCGCAAAUGCCCCCCUUGAUGCACGUGUAUCUUUGACUACUGCCUCGGGAUAUGCGGGAGAAUUCAAAGUCGAUGCAUAG